CACAGCGAAUCACACAGUACGGUCUGUUAUACCCAGCUAAAUUUGCUAAUAAUUUUCCAGUAGAAAAUUCUCCGUUUUGAAGCGUGGGUAUAUAUAUGAAUCGGUGUUUUAUAAGUGGUUUUGUGGUGUUAUUUGGUGGUAGAAGACAUUUUUGGAUUGCAGGUGCGCUUCGCAACGUAUUAUCUACUUUGCCGAGGUUGUUUCAUGUUUUCGUACAAAAAUGAUUGAAUUCACGAUAAAAACUUUGGACGGUAAAGACCAUCGCUUUACCGUGGAAGAUGAUAUUACUGUUGCUCAGCUUAAAGAGAAGGUGUUGGCGCAGAUGGGAGUUGAGAUCGAACUUCAACGUUUGAUCUUCUGUGGAAGAGUACUACAAGAUGAGAAAAAACUGGCAGAUUAUGGUGUUCAAAACAAAGUAAUACACAUGGUGCAAAGGGCUCCGCCAUGCUUGGAGGCCCGUUAUUCUGCGCUAAGGGAAAGGGAACGAGAGAGGGAGAGGGAGCAGAUUUUCACUAACCAAAUCAGCUUCAAUUCAGAUAAUUUAGGACCGGUACAAAUAAAUACUACACAGCAAAUGAGAAGGCUCGUGGCGUUGGCUGCUACUGCUAAUGGGAUUGAGAUCGAAGAUGAGCCAGCUAACACUCAGUCACCGACCGCUGCUCGAAUGGAAUUCCUUCGCCACAUUAUAGAAGAAAUAAAGGCAUUCCUCGAAGCCAUAAAAUUAAGCGAGAGUGAUGAGCCACGUAAUUACCCAACUGAUGAUCCAUUGGAGUCUACAAGCGGAAUGGGUGCGUCUAGUUCGGGGCAGGACGAGGUGAUGUGUGAAAUCCACCAAAGCCCGCUUCUAUAUCAGAUUGAGGCUAUGUCAGGAGCUUCUCGGGAGAGCCGAGGACGCAGGAUUCGUGCAAUGCGUCCGAUACAUCACACACCACCACGCGAUUUUGCCGAUCUCCUCGAAGAACUGAACCGUCUCUACGACGAGUUUGCUCCCUUCAGGGACUUGUACAUUGGGACGCUGCGCGACGCUAACAGUCCCGGCCCCGCGCUCUCUGAAGAAAACCUGCAGCGUAGACAGCGCACAGCUGAAAUAUGUUCCGAGUUGUACCAUAGCUUCUCGCAUGCAUUCCACGCCGUGAGCGACGUCAGUCUGCUAUUGAACAAUGGAAACUCACGGCUCACUUCUGAAGCGCUUUUGCGGCACACACUACCCGUGCAGGCGCAUAUUAAUGUCGUACAAUCGUCGACUACACGGCGUCCUCUUAAUUCGUCUGGCCCCAUUAAUGGGUCCAACCAAAUGCCUGCCGAUGCUCAGCCAGUGCUAAUCAACAGCUCCCAACCCGGUAGGAAUACCACACAGCCAACUGUCAAUAUAAAUAUACAACCAGACCCCGUUACCUAUCAAGUUGAAAUAGAGACCAGUGUACCCAUACCGAUCAACCUCGAAAAUACAAUUAACGGUACAAACCAGGCCGCUAGUACGGGUGAAAAUAAUCAAAGCCAAAAUCAAACUCAGGGCCAGACCCAGGGACAUAGUGUUAGUCAGUCUCAAGGUCAAAGUCAGCCUCAGCGACAAGGCCAGGCUGCAGGCCAGGGUCAGGCUCAAGGGCAGGGUUCAGGUCAGGGACAGGGCGAGGGCCAGAAUCAGAACAGUAACGGUCAAGAUGGACAAGCCAACCGUCGACAAGUAAUGAUUGAUUUUGAGAAUCUCUUCAGGGGAUUGGGUCAAGGCGGAAGUCUUGGAGGCGUCGAAGUUGUGAUGAGUAUGGAGGAAAUUCCUCAAGCAAUGGGGGGUCAAGGCCAAAAUAAUAACGCGCCAACAGCCGGAGCUCCACAGCCGCCCGAAGGCGGAGCUGCACCUCAGGCCCAGUUUGGAUCACAAGUGUUUUUCGCUCAGAUGCCGUGGAAUGAUCUACCGCAUGGUGAUCUUGUGCAUAAUAUCGUGUCAUCUGUUCUGCGUCAUGGCUUACCCCCCGGUGUAGAAGGGUUUUAUCAUUUACCUAAUGCCUAUCCAACCCUGGAGGAAACCAGAAAUAUGAAUCAGUACCAGGCCUUAAACCAGGCCCUAAAUCAAGCUCAGUACCGGGCCGUUACACAGGCCCUACAUGAGGCCCAGAUGGAGGCACAGAGGGAGGACGAGUUGGAGGUCCAGAGACAGACCCAGAGGCAGACACAGAGCCAGGCCCAGAACCAGUCCCAAAGUCAGGCUCAAAGCCGAGCCCAGACUCAGAAUCAGGCUCAAAAUCAGGGCGACAGUCGUAGCCAUUCUUCGGGUCAGAGUCAGACUCCAGCCCAGGUCAGAGACCAUAGCCCACAUAUCGAAGAAGAGGAUUACCCGGAACCAAGUCAGGGACAUACUCAAGGUCAGUUGCAAAGGCAUGACGAUCAAUCGGAGCCACAAAGUCCUUUUGAGCCCAUGGACCAAUAUCAAGAAAACGACGCUGAGGAAAACGCGAAUAUGGAACAGAACAAUCGGUCUAGACGAUCAAUAUUUCGCAGACAACUACAGUUACAACAACAACAUCAACAACAAGGUGCUAGACCACGAGUUCCAACACUUUCGAUUCACACUCUGGCCUACGAUAGAUUCUUGCCGUGCGAUAGCCAUCACGCCAGGCGUCAGCUACACAGACGCCGUGAACAGGCCUCACAAAAUGGAGGGCUGCUUCUAAGAGACAGCAGCCUUACACGCGUACAGAAUAGCGUGGAAACUCUGUUUGAGAGAUUCGACAGAUACACUAAUAAUGAGGAAUCUCUGCUGAUUGCUGCUGUGGUGACUCUGCGUGAGGCCACAUCGUUCUCGAGAGGACGCUCUCUUGUGCCCGAAGAAUUGUUGCCUCUCCGAGAGCGCCUGCAGGUGUACAUGCGCAAUCUGAUGCAAGGAGAGUACGAAGUUGGUACCCAGGAGCAGCUGGCUGAUUUGAUUUUCGAACGUCAUUCUAGAUUUAUCGAGCGCAUUGCCGCGAUCACACCGAUACGUCAAAACGUUGACAUUGUUGAGUCAAUGAAGGCGGUGUUGAUACGCUUCCUGAAUGAAGCUAUGACCGUCUUGGACAUGGAGAACAACGAAUCGUUUUCUCGACGAUUCCGCAUUGUUAUACCACGCAUGUUCUACGAACUGUGCGGUGUAAUCUCUUACUUUUGCUUGGAGGGUGUGGAAGGACUGCGCACUAUAUACCGUAGUUUCUUGGCUGAUCUGCUGCAGAACCUUGAUGAACCGGCUCGCGAUCUGCUGUUCAGCAUCGCUAUGGAGAAUUUAAAUGCGGCAAUCUAUCGCAUAGAGUCUCAUAAAACUCACUAUGCGCAGUUCAUACGCCGCAAACCGAUGAGAAUUUGUCCUCCAUCUAGUGACUCGGAGGACUCAUUCCCAACAGAGGAGGAUAUGUUGGCUAACCAACGCGAUGCCCUCCCCUGUGAUGCAUUCUCACAUAAUGCGCAUCGCCCCGGAGCUCCGCCACGACAUCAAUUCAAGUGUCCAGGGAACUACGCCAUCAGGAUGUUACGCACACGUGACCCGGCAGAGCGAUCGGAUGCAGGUUCCGCAUCAGGAUCACCGUCUUCUUCGGUUCCUACUUCCUCCUCAGCCCCUGCUGCUACCUCGUCAGCUCCUGCUUCCUCUUCGGCCAUGGACAGUCCAUCGGCUUCGCUAUCUCCUACACCCCCUUCUGCUCCAGCUACUCCAACGCAUCCAACUGCUUCAGCUGCUCCAACCGCUCCGUCUGCUCCGAUUGACCAGAAUGUUCCAGAGGUUUCAGCAAUACCCGAAGUUUCGGCAUUAUCCGAAGUCUCGACAAUACCGGAAGUUUCGGCAUUAUCCGAAGUUUCAACGAUACCCGAAGUUUCGGCAAAUUUCGGUAUUCCAGUACCAAAUAUCACCCACGUUACAAACGACAACACAUCUGCCUCGAAUAACGUGGGGCGUGGCAGAUUCAUCCGGGGCAACAGAUCGGGCUCCACAACGUCGUCAGAUUCGUCUGGCAAUAUAAGAUUCGUACCACCUGCGCAGAUAGCGCAACAUUGGGGCGAAGACUGGGUGCCCACAUUUACACGCGACUUACAGCGACAGCGGGACACUGCUGAGCCGUACAGCGACGCGUAUCUCUCGGGUAUGCCGCCAAAGAAGCGUCGCUGUGUUCGGCAGUCGCGUCCGCCCACUACGCUCAAUGCCUUCAUAAAUGACUCUAUUACGACAGAAAGCGUAUCGGAAGUGUCAUCUGAGCUGGAUGAAGAUCAGGGCGAGGAGCUACGCGUUGCGUUCAGAGAACACGUGAGGUGCAUCGCGCGAGCCAGAGCCGCUGCCUCCGAGGACUACGAGCCGCGCAGGCUAGUGGCUACAGCGCGAUUCCUCAACCAGAAUAGGACGAGCACGCGCAAGUCGCCAGACAAAAACAGCUCGGAGUAAAUGCACUAAUUAUAACGAUCGGUUUCAAUUUAAAAGGUUUAAAUACACACCCACACUUGUCGCCUAUACAUGGAUUAUGACUUUGAGAGAAUAUUCUCUCCAUAUUACACUGAUAUUACAUUUUUGGAGUAGAGUGUAGUAUUAAAUAAAUGUUUAAAUGAUUCAUGUUAGAUAAAUACCAUAGUACCACC